GCUCUCGCCAUGGUGAACAUGUGCACGUCUCGAUGAGACGCCAUCGUCGCUCUGUUUUGCUUUUUUUUUUUUUUUCAAACCAACAACGACAAACUUUGCGAUCAAAUCAAAAUGGAGGCGACAGAGUUCUACGCCAACUACCACAGAAAACAAUUGAAAGUGCACGACAACAACAGUGGAGCUUGUUCAGAAACAACCACAACGACAGACGACGAGGACGACCGUCGUACGCACAUAAGUCGACUCUACCCAGAGAUCCUGGCCAUCAUUUUCGGCAUGUUGGAAGUGAGGGAUCGGGGCCGGGCAGCUCAAGUGUGUCACAGCUGGAAAGAAGCUGCUUAUCAUCGCUCUGUGUGGCGAUCGUGCGAGCCGAAACUGCAUCUGAGACGGGCCAAUCCGUCGCUGUUUCCGUCGCUGGUCCGCAGGGGCAUCCGCCGGGUCCAGAUCCUGUCGCUGAGACGUAGCCUUCGCGACGUGACCCAAGGGCUGCCCAACAUCGAGUCGCUCGAUUUGAGCGGUUGCUUCAACGUGACGGACAUUGGCAUCGCUCACGCACUGACGGCCGAUGUGCCAACUUUGAAACGGCUCAAUCUCAGCUUGUGUAAACAAAUCACCGACUCGAGUCUCAGCCGACUGGCUCAGUUUUGUCGACAGCUCCAGGAACUGGACUUGGGCGGCUGUUGUAAUGUGACCAACGCCGGCCUAUUGCUCAUCGCCUGGGGUCUCAAAUCCCUCAAGAGCCUCAACCUGCGAUCCUGCUGGCACGUCUCCGAUCUCGGCAUCGCCAGUCUGGCCGGAUUGGGCUCGGACGCUGAAGGCAAUUUGGCCCUUGAACACCUCGGACUUCAGGAUUGUCAGAAAUUGACGGACGAGGCGCUAAUGCACGUCUCGAUGGGCCUGAAGCAGCUGAAAUCCAUUAACCUGAGUUUUUGCCUGUCGAUCAGCGACAGCGGUCUCAAGUACCUGGCCAAGAUGCCGUCGCUGUGCGAACUGAACCUGCGAUCGUGUGACAACAUUUCCGACGUUGGCAUGGCCUACCUAGCUGAAGGUGGUUCGAGGAUUACGUCGCUGGACGUCUCGUUUUGCGACCGGAUCGACGACUCGGCCGUCGUUCACGUCGCUCAAGGUCUCGUCCAUUUGAAACAGCUCUCGUUGAGCGCUUGCCACGUCUCGGACGAGGGUCUCAUCCGCGUGGCCCUUUCCCUGCUCGACCUCCAGACGCUCAACAUUGGCCAGUGCAGUCGCAUAACGGAUCGGUCCAUUCAAGCCGUCGCUGAUCAUUUACGCAAAUUACGAUGCAUAGAUCUCUACGGGUGUACGAAAAUCACCACUUCCGGGCUGGAGAAAAUAAUGAAACUUCCGCAAUUGAGUGUCCUCAAUCUCGGGUUAUGGCAUAUCCGAUGACGGCCGUUUUCGUUUUUUCUUUUUUAGGGAUACAAACAAAAACAAAAAAAAAACGCUAAACUUAAUUUUUGAUGCGUUUCCACGUGCGUUUUGGAAAUGUUUUUUGUGAUAAAAGUUUAAGAAGAAAAACAAAUUCGGAAACGGACGAUUUCGUUUUUAAAACGUUCAGACUAUUACCAUGCCCCGCCUACUUCCAUUUUCUUUAUUUGAGAAAAAAAACAAAAUCUUUUUUCGUUUUUUUUUUCUUUCUUUCUUGUAAAUCACGUUUUUUAUUUUGCUGAUUGCGGGAAAAAGAAACAAAUAGUGCAAACACGGUCAACCAUUUACCACGUGAUAAUAAAUGAUGGGUAAUAAUUAAAGUAAUGGGUUGGGGGCAUGGUAGACGGGGAUAAAGGAGGAAAUUUUACUUCCUUUUUUAAAAUUUGUUUUCCUUUUUUUGUGAGUUUCGGUCAAUUAUCUUUUUUUGUACGGAAACAAAAAACGGCCAUUGUUCUUUGAUUUCAUUUUUCUUUCGUCAUGAAUUCGGAAGAAGAAAUUCGCUCAAUAGAGAAACGUGAAUUAUAAAAAACGUGAAAAUGAAUUUAAAAAAAAAUCCAAGUUAUUCAGCGGAAACGAAAAUAUAUUCACCUGCCAUUGGUUUUUUCUUUGUUUUAUUUGCGAUUGGAGGAAAUGGUUGAAAAGCAAGUAAAAAUAAAAUGGAGGGGAAGUGAAGUA